AUGUUUAUCAGAACCCUUUCUCGUAUUUCAUCGGCAUCAGCUUGGCGAAAUUUACAAGCUUCUUCCUUGAAAUGUUAUCAUACAAGCGUUGCUCAACGAGGAGGAGGACAUCAUCAGCCACAACACGAUGAACACCACCAUGAAGGAGAGCACGAUACUCAUCAUGAUGAUCAUCACGAGGAACCAUAUACGGAUAAUGAUGGUCGAUUGUUCGGUAUUCCUGCAGGUGAACAAUACAAGCCAAAAGGAUGGGAAUAUAGAGUGUUCCCAUUGAUGUACGGAGGAAUUAUUAUGUUGGUCAUUGGACUUGCUUUCAAACCAGAUUAUAGCUUCCAAGCAUGGGCAAAAGAGGAAGUUUUGAGAAGAAGAGCUGCCCGAGAGCAACAACAAUAA